UAUUUAUCGAUAUGCUAUAUUCAAAAAAUAAUAUUUACAUACAAAUAUGAAAUUAAACGUAUUAUUUACGUUCUCAUAUUUAUGUAAACACAUUGAGCAGUUUGUCACAAAGUGAACAAGUGUAGGUCUACAUCGUCGCAAUAGUUUGUUUUUUCAGAUUAUUAGUCAUAAAGGCAGUGUCAAGUGAGACUCCAAACAUUACAGUCGACUUUGUAGGCAAGAAGGCUGCUACUAAAGCAUGUCUUUUAAGGAUUUAAUAAUGAAACGUGUCGAGGGUGAACUAGCGACUGCAUUAUUAAAAUUCUUUCCACUUCACAAACGUGGCUUUGUUAAAGUCGGUCAGAAAAAAUGGUUCCUGCCGUAUAGGUAUGUUGAAGAUGGCGAUAAGAUAUAUAAUUUUGAAGUUCGUGCAGAUGAUACAUGGAUUGUUACCUAUCCUAGAUCAGGUACAACGAUGACACAGGAACUUAUAUGGCUGGUGGCAAAUGAUAUGAAUUUUAAUGAAGCACAUCAGAGAUAUUUAUUGGAGAGAUUUCCUUUUAUAGAAAUAGGAGCACUGUAUGAUGACUAUAUGGUACCACAAUACAUUUCUGACAGGAUUAAUACAGAAAAACAUAGCAUCAAAUUUGUACAAGAUCAGCCUUCGCCCCGUUUCAUUAAAAGUCACUUGCCAUUUGAGUUGUUACCGACAGUUGUAAAUAGCACUUGCAAGAUUAUCUAUGUUGCGAGAAAUCCAAAGGAUGUAGCAGUCUCAUAUUACAUUUUCCAUAAACAUUUCAUGGAUUUUCAAGGAACUUUUGAACAAUUUUGUAAUAAUUUUAUGAAUAACAAUGUAUUAUGGAGCCCAUAUUGGGAACAUGUGAAGGAAGCUUGGAAAAUGAGACACAGAGCAAAUAUGAUGUUUAUCUUCUAUGAAGAUCUGAUAAAGGAUUUACCGAGGAAUAUAAAAGAAAUUGCUGCAUUCUUUGAUAAAACUUACACUGAUGAACAAAUCAAUAAGUUAGUGGAGCAUUUGAAAAUAGAGAAUUUCCGCAAGAAUCCUAUGGUCAAUCAUCCAACUUUGAACCAAACGAUGAAACCGGAUAUGUUUAUUCGGCAAGGAAAGACGGAUAGUUGGAAAGAAGUAUUAGCACCAGAAAUCGACGACAGAUUUAAUAAAUGGAUUACCGACAAUUUAAAGGACACGGAUUUAACUUUUCCAAAUUUAGUUGAACAAUACAAGCAAUUGUAGUUACAAUUUAUAAAUGUUUUGUUUUAACUAUAUUUUAAAGAAGUAGGCUUAUUUACUGAUAUAAAAAGAGAUUUAACGAAUAGAUCGUUAGCAAUUUAAAGGAUACGAAUUUAGCUUUUCAAAGUUAGAUUUGUAGAACAAUAUAAGCAGUUGUAAUUGUAAUUUAUAAAUGUUUUAUUUAAUUAUGUUUUAAAUAAGCAGGCCUACUUAUAAUAAAUAAACUCUUACACAAACAACUUUUAUUAUUACAGUUUUUAUCUUCUAAUAGAUAACUUAAAUCAUGCAGAAAAAUGUUUUUACAUGUUUUUUUUUUACACUUUUAAUCAUUUUUCAUACUUUUAUUUUUAUUAUCAUAUUGGCAUGCACGUUAUCUCACAGUAACUCUCGCAGAAUCUCUUUAUAUACAAUAUAAAUAAAUUUUUGACUCGCCUAACGUGUUUAAUUAAAAAAGCUAAUUUUCUGUUAAAUUAAAUGAGUCCGUCCAAUUAUUAUUAUUGAAACCAAUCAAGAGUUUUCGAAACAAAUUGAUGUGGAGACGAUAAGAUGAUCUAAUUGAAAUAUACGAAAAAGUGAGAU